CAGGCUGGCGAUUCCGGCAUCUUUCAACCUCUUGAGGAGGUUAGUUGAACUUCAUCCUGCCCAUCAACUCGCCAAAAUGAGCGCUCAGGCAUACUAUGAGCUUUAUCGCGGUAGCAGUAUCGGCCUUUCCCUUACCGAUACGCUCGAUGACCUGAUCAACGAGGGACGGAUCGAGCCGCAGUUGGCUAUGAAGAUCCUGUCGAACUUUGACCGUGUUAUUACAGAAGUCCUUGCGGAUAAGGUCCGCGCCAGGCUCACUUUUAAGGGCCAUCUUGAUACAUACCGAUUCUGCGAUGAGGUCUGGACUUUCCUUAUCAAGGAUGUCACUUUCAAGCUCGACAACCAGUCGACCGUUUCCGCGGAUAAGGUCAAGAUCGUGAGCUGCAACAGCAAACGACCGGGAGAAGCAUGAUCUGGAGAGGCGCCCCCAACAGGCCCUCGACAUCGCUUUCGAAAUAUAUGCGCACUGGGAUAUUCUAAAAUGGCUCGUUUGUUUCAGACAGCAGUACUUUGAAUAAAGUGCUGCUUUGGUAGCAUUGGCGUUUGGGGGUGCACGGUCCUAUUUGUGGCUAUCUAGAUACCCAGAAUCAAGAAUGAAAAUCCAUCUUUUGUUACCGUAUGUUUUGGGAGAA